ACCAUUAUUGCCAUUAUUUUAUUCUCCAGAAACCCUAAGCGUUGUAACUCUACAGAGAUUGAGCCGUCACUCACAUCUGAGAUCGUACCGCCGCCACCACCACGCCCAGAGCCGAGAUCGACCAGUUCACCGCCGAUCCCAGCCGAAGGUAACCGGAAAUCGCCCUUUCCGAUUUGUUUUUAAAACGGCCGUUCAUUCAAUCGAUCAUAACUCACUAACCAUUUGGAAUCUCGUGAUUUCAAGACCACCAUCGUGAUCGUGACGUCGAGACGAGUCCGGAGCAGGAAGAUCAGCCGGAGAUUCGCCCAGACGCGCCGUCACGCGCAUCUUUUGUGCCGCGGCGUUCCGCGCGUGUAUCCCACGCGCCACCGCAACCCGCCGUCGUCCAUCGCCGCCGUUGAUUCCGGUAAGCCGCCGUCCUUUUACCGCCGCGGGUGACCGCCGCCGGUGACUCGGCCGGUGACUCGGCAACUCGGCCGAGUCGACUCGGUGAGUCAACGCGGAUCCGGUCAACCGGUUAGGUUAAUUGAUUUCGUUUUGGUUUAGGUUAACCGGUUAUUUAUUAAAUCGAUUUCUGGUUAAAAUUGAUUUAAUUUCGGUUACGGAAAACCGAUUUGGUCUAAUUGAAAUUGAUUUUGGUUUGGGUAAACCGAUUGGUUCAAUUCGAUUUCAUUUGGUCAAUGGUUGACCGGCUUGGGUCAGAGUUGACCGGGUUGACCUUUGACCAGCGGGUUGACUGUUUGACCAAGUCGCCAGUUAUCCGUUUUUAACCGUUCGAAGGGCGUUCUGACUCGAUUUUUCGCCCCGAUUUCAGAUUUGGAGUCUGUUUGAGCAGUUGGAGUUCAUAGCUACUACUUUUCCACGUUGCUAAGGUGAGGGUCUUUUCCCGAGCUUCUCUUACACGGCUUAGGACCUCGAAUAAGUAUAAUUUAUUUCUAAUGUGUUUCCGUUUGCGUGAAAUUGAGUCUGUCAUUGUUUUGCUUAGUUUUAGGUUCUUUGCUUAACCGGAACUAGGGUGUUAGAUGAUUCAACAAUGUUUGUUCAUUUGUAAUUGAUAAUAUAUAUAUAUAUAUAUAUAUAGUAUAUUGAUGUGAUUUGGUUGAUAGCUGACUAUGGAUAUUUCGGCUGGAGACAGUACAUUGGGUGUGGUGUUUGCUGCGGCACAGCGUAGUCGACCUGUUGUGCCAAGGCGUGGAGGUCGAUAAAUCGUCUACGGGCGUGUGUUACCGAGCACAUAUUCGGUGGUGUUUUGGCCUGUUAGUGGGCAGCUUGUUUGAUCUCUGGGUACUUUAGGUACCGUGUUUUGCAACGUGUUAGGAUUAAAUUAUAUUUAUUCGGAGUGCUCUGUCCGGGUCCAUGGACUUCGGGUUUAGUAUCCCAUACCUCACUGGGUAACUCCCCUGUUACUCACCCCUCAUUUGCCCCAUGCAGGUGAGACUGACGACUAGGGGAUUGAUCGGACAGCUGGUGCUUUUAGGCGUUUUUCUUUAUUUUAUUUCUCAGACUUAUAUCUAUUAUUUCGACGAUUAUUUCAGUAUUUCGACUAUGGGAUUUAUGGAUUUAUUUCGGUAUUUAUAUGAAAGUCGACUUUCAGACUUUUUUUACGGAUUUGAGAUAUAAGUUGUUGAUUAGUAGCACGCCGGGCUCGAGUGUUAAAGAGACGGGUGUUACAGAUAUAGAACAAGUUUCUACUGUUCUCUCUAUAAGCCAAGUCGAAGCGAUCAUUUUGCUUCUUCACUACCAGUGGAGUCCUAGUAAAAUAGAAGAUGAAUGGUUCACCAAUGAAGAAAAAGUCCGUGAAAGCGCAGGUUUAUUGAAGGAGCCAGUUGUUGAUCUUAACGACAAAGUGAACAUUGAAUGUGGGAUUUGCUUUGAUUCAUUUCUUCAGAAGGAUAGUGCAACGGUUUCUUGUGGUCAUCCUUAUUGCAAGACUUGUUGGACCGGUUACGUCACUUCGAAAAUUAACGAUGGUCUGGGAUGUCUGACGGUUCAAUGUCCAGAGCCGUCUUGUUCUGCUGUGGUUGGUCAAGAUAUGAUCAAUAGUGUUAUAACCAAGGAAGAGGAUAAGGAGAAGUAUUACAAAUAUUUUCUUAAGUCUUAUAUCGAAUCGAGCCAGAAGAAGAUAAAAUGGUGCCCGUCACCUGGAUGCGAAUACGCUGUUGAUUUUGGAGGUGAGAGUGAAAACUAUGAUGUUUCUUGUUUGUGUUCCUAUGAGUUUUGCUGGAAAUGCUGUGAAGAUGCUCACCGCCCUGUGGACUGCCACACAGUGGCCAAAUGGAUAUUCAAGAACAAUGAUGAAUCCGAGAACACGACUUGGAUACUUGCCAAUACAAAGCCUUGUCCUAGUUGCAAACGUCAGAUCGAGAAGAACCAAGGAUGCAACCAUAUGAGAUGCUCCAUUUGCAAACAUAGCUUCUGUUGGGCUUGUCUGGAUCCACUGAAUAAUCACAAGUCUUGCCACAACUUUAGGGGUGAGACUGAAGUUAAGCGAGAAAUGGCGAAAAAGGCAAUCGAUAGAUACAUGCAUUAUUACGAAAGAUGGGUGGGAAAUCAAUCUUCGAGGGUAAUGGCUAUGGCAGAUUUGAAGAAAUUGCAAUCGGUGCAGCUUGUGAAACUUAGUGUCAAACAUGGCAUACGGGAAACUCAGCUCCAAUUCACCGUAGAGGCAUGGCUUCAGAUCAUCGAGUGCAGAAGGGUCUUGAAAUGGACAUAUGCAUAUGGGUACUACCUUCCUGAGCAGGAAAGUACCAAGAAACGAUUUUUCGAGUAUUUACAAGGAGAAGCUGAAGUUGGUUUGGAGAGGCUACAUCAUUGUGCAGAGUUGGAGUUCAAAGAGCUCGUCAACGAAACUGAAUAUUUCUCUAAAAAAUUCGAAGAUUUCAGGAGGAAGUUAAUUGGUUUGACUAAAGUAACCAAAACAUAUUUCGAAAAUCUUGUGAAAGCUUUGGAGAAUGGUCUUGCUGAUGUGGAACCCAAUGAGACCAAAUCGGCAACAGACUCUAAUAAAAGACAAAAGUUGGUAUAAUGGUAUUAAAAAGAUCCAAGUGAUCACUGAGAUCUCUUGGUUCAAGUACUAUCUGUGUUUUAUGUUUUUUUUUUGUGGCAAGGAUGUAGAAUCUGUGACUUUUUAAACCUUUUUUCCUAAUAAUUAUUUAGCAUACUAGAAUUUGCACUCUUCUUUGACUUAUGAAGCCCUGAUCUUGCUUUGGCAAAAAUUUAGAGAACAGUAAAUUUGGUUUUCUUGCUCUAUCUGACGGUUUUGAUAGUUUCUCUCGGGUCUCUCUUUGGUUAUUGGAGCUUGAUGAAAGCUCUCUUCCAGAGUUUGAGAUAUCUUUUUCAAGCUAGCUCUCUCCUCCUCUCACUGAGGAGGCACCUCGAGGCUUCUCAAGUCCUCUUGCUCAGGUUUGGUCUAUGGUAAAUGUAAUUCCUCUGCGGACUUAAUUUUUCCGUCGGCCAUCCAUACAUAAUACUUGGGUCGGGUCGUUCCACCACUUUUUUUUUCUUAGCCUUUGAAACUCAUAUUAUAGAAUAACGUGCAAAGAAAAACAUGUUUUAUCAAGGUAAAUCAUUUUCAGUUCCAUUCUCUAUUUAGAUAAUAGAUUAGAAAUUCAAUGCAAGAUCACCGAAAAAAUUGUAGAAAACAAAAAAUGUGGAAUGCCUUUGUUUUUUAUAAAACCAAAUUCGGACCAUCUUCUAGUUAAACAAACCUGAUAAAACAAAAUUCAGAUAAUUGAUGAGAUGCAGAAGAAGAGAAUGAAGUCAAAAGCAACUGAUUCUAAAGAAGGAACGAGGAAGAAGAAUGAAUCUUAUGUGAAGGGCCUCCAUAUAAUUAGAGAUUUUGUCACUAAUUUUAAAGUCUCCAUACGAAUUAGAGGUUUAGGCACUAAACAAAAAAUUCCUUUUUUAACAUCAAUACAUCAUCAUAUACAGUGGCGUACUCAGGAAUCAGGAUCCUUUUAAACAUGGUUCAAAAUUUAAAUGGACUUUAAAUCCAGACAAAAAUAAGUAAAAUAGGCAGUAGAGUAGAGUCGAACCUGGUUUAAGGGAUCAGCCAUAGUAAGAUGUGUUGCUAGCUGAUCACCCUUCUAUACACAUACACGUGGAUCCGCCUCUCAACAUAUAUCAUUACCCAUAAACAGUCGUCCGCGUACAUGUUUUCUCUCACAAGCAAUGUUUUUAAACCCGGGACGAUUUACCGGAUUGUUGGAUCACUGGAUCGACCGUGGAUGAACCGUGGAUUAAUGAAUAAAUUAAAAUUAUCAUAUAAUAAUAUAUCAGUCUUGUAAA